AUGACCGUACAAGACGUUCGUCAGGCGUUAGACGCGUUUGCAUUAGUCAACUACAUUCAUACACACUUGGGUACUUCACACGGUGCUAUUGAGUCAAUUUGUCAAUUUCAACAUGGUCAGUCGAAUCCUACAUACCUCGUGACAAUGGUUAAUUCAAAAGCUCAAUGGGUAUUACGUAAGAAACCACACGGUCAGAUUCUACCCUCAGCACACGCUGUAGAACGUGAGUAUCAAGUAUUAAAGGCUUUAGAACAUACACAAGUGCCAGUACCACGUGCUAUUCUCUUGUGUGAAGACCCUCAAGUGAUUGGCACGGUCUUUUACCUUAUGGAAUACGUGCAUGGUCGUAUAUUUCAAAAUUCAUUAUUGCCUGGUAUCAAACCAAUGUAUCGUUAUGCCAUGUACAGCUCCGUGUUGGAUGUAUUAGUAAAGUUACACGAACUUGACUACACACAAAUUGGAUUAGUGGACUUUGGUAAACCAGACAAAUAUUGUCAUCGAGUCGUGGCGCGAUGGAGUCGACAAGUGCAAAUGGGACAAAAUGUCUUUGUAGAAGAAGGAGCGAAGGUUAACCCAAAGAUGUUACAGUUGCAACACUGGCUUGAGAAAAAUGCGCAUGAUGCAGAAAAGGCGACGACAGCGACAGAUGGAAUACCUUGCAUUGUUCACGGAGAUUUUCGGAUCGACAAUAUGAUCUUUCACCCGACCGAGCCAAGGGUAAUUGCGAUUCUUGACUGGGAGUUGUGUACAAUUGGGAACCCAUUUGCUGAUUUGGCGACGCUAGCACUGGCGUAUAGAGUUCCAAAUGACAACUCAAGUACGAUCAUGCCCCCUGGACUCUCGAACGCUCCGUUAAAGAAGCUCGGCAUUCCACUGGAAAGCGACUUGGUGAUAGGAUAUUGCAGUCGUGCAAGGCGCUUCCCGGUUAGUAACCAGACAUGGAACUUUUUCAUGGGUAUGGUUGUGUACCGCUUUGCUGCAAUCUGCCACGGAGUGUACGCACGUGCGUUACUGAGCAAUGCGUCGUCUGCAAACGCUGUGUGUGCAAAAUUGACGAUGGAUCGUCUACUGGCGAUGAGUGAAGACGUCAUGAAUGCUUCAGCAGAUAUCUACCCUGAUCCGGUGCUAGAGCACAUACUGCCGUUCCCAAUUCGUCCGCACGCAUUGCAGAUCUACAAGAAAUUGCUGAAGUUUUGUCAGAAUCGCGUAUACCCCGCGGAGUAUGUAUAUCUCGACCAAAUUGCUAAGGCACGGAAUGAAGGUCGUGUUUGGAAUGUCGCACCAUCAAUCGUUGAGAAGCUCAAGGCCGAAGCAAAAGCGUUGGGGCUCUGGAACCUUUUCCUAUCUGAGUGCGUGGUGCCCGCAGUCGAUGGCAAGGGACCCGACGUCAAAUACGGCGGAGACCUGACGAAUCUUGAGUACGGACUGAUGUGCGAGGUAAUGGGUCGCUCGAUCAUGCUGGCGCCUGAGGUCUUCAACUGCUCGGCUCCUGACAGUGGCAAUAUGGAGAUCCUCUCGCGUUUCUGUACUGUGACGCAGAAGCAUCAGUGGCUUGUACCUCUACUCAAAGGCAACAUCCGGUCAUGCUUUGCUAUGACGGAAAAGCGUGUUGCUUCGUCUGAUGCCACAAAUAUCGAAACAAGUAUUGUGCGCGAUGAAGAGUGUCAAGAGUACGUGAUCAACGGACACAAGUUUUAUAUCUCCGGAGCCGGCGACCCGCGUUGCAAAAUCAUUGUGUUGAUGGGCAAGCAUCCAGAGAGAUCAAAUGAGAGCGUGUUUAAGCAGCAGUCAAUGAUCCUGGUGCCGAUGGAAACGCCCGGUGUGCACAUUGUGAAGCCCAUGCACGUUUUUGGCUACGAUGACGCACCGCACGGACACAUGGAGAUGGUAUUUAGGGAUGUGCGCGUUCCAUUCAGCAACAUUUUGCUCGGUGAAGGUCGUGGUUUUGAGAUUGCACAGGCAAGACUUGGACCGGGUCGUAUCCAUCACUGCAUGCGUACGAUCGGUGCAGCAGAGCGUUGCCUUGAGAUGAUGGUGCAUCGUGCCAAGACGCGCACAGCAUUUAAGCAGCUGCUGGCCGAAAAUUCGCUUGUGUGUUCUCAGAUUGCCAAGUCACGCUACGAACUGGACAGUGCGCGGCUUCUUACCUUACAAGCCGCACACCAGAUGGACGAGCGAGGCAACAAGGUCGCGCAGCAGGCUAUUGCCAUGAUCAAGAUUGUCGCGCCUAAUAUGGCGCUAGGUGUCUGCGACCGAGCCAUUCAGCUUCACGGCGCUGCCGGAGUGGGCCAGGACUUUAUUCUGUCGUAUUUGUAUGCAAUGCUCCGCACGCUCCGCAUUGCCGAUGGACCCGACGAGGUGCACAUGCGCACUAUCGCAAAGCUUGAGCUGAGCCACUCGAAACUGUAG